UUAAACAAUGAAAGAAUGGUUGCUGUAUUCCAGGGAGCCCCCCAGAGGCUGAGGAGGCAGACCCUGGCAGUAGCAGUUAUCCCACGGGAACCUCUGUAUCCAGGGGGGUCACCACUGCACCCAGGAGAGUCAGCCCUGCUGCUAGGGGCAGGGGGAGGGGGAGAGCCAAGCCUCUGGGGACAAGGACCCGGGAUGCAGGCUGGGUGUACAAUCCCCUACACAAGCAGGUUCCUGUGGAGUUUGGUAACCAUGACGAUGGUUGGCUCUCAGAUGGUGACUCGGCGGCCUACACUCCGGACGAUGUCCUACAUGUUUAUGUACAGAAACCAAAAGCAACCACAACCACGCUGGUCCCGAGGCAGGGAAGAAGCACCAUCUUUGAUAUUGACGAUGUCGCCACGUCUCAGGGAGAUCACGAGAAGGGACUUAUGAAGCGCCCAAAUACUGGUAUGUCAUUCCAAAAAAUAAAGAAAGAGCUGGAGAAAUCAACAACUGUUGUGAGAGGCAAGGGGGCAAGGAGGAGGCACAUCUGCCAAGAGAGGAGCAAGGUCGACAUUGGGAAGAAGUCUGAAGCAGGGCAUAAAGAGAGACAACUGGGAAGGGAUUGUUCACUUAGAGGAAAGACAUCAGAGAAAUUUGUAAGGACUGAUGAAACAUGGAGGAUGCCUGGACAGACGCGUGCUUCACGGCAUGAGUCGUCAGAGGACAGAGGUGAGAGGUCAAAUACGAGGCCACCGGUGUCUACAUAUGCUCAAAUCCUUACAGGGACAAAGACACAAGAAGAUGAUGGUAAUGAGGUGACAUGUACCGCUCAAGAAAGUGAAGGAAAAGUGACCAGGACAAGAUCUUUGCACAAAACACAGAAGAAAGCUGAAGACAGUAAGACUAGCAAAGAAGACACUAACAAACAAAAAAGUGGCUGGACCAAGAAACAAGGAAAACAUUGGUCAGGACAGAAGGUGCAAGGUAAAGAAAAGUGGGGAAAGAAUUCUAAAGGGAGUGAGGUGUCCAACAGUGGUAUUGGAAAUGAUGAAGGUUUCCAUCAGUCAUGCCCAACAGACGGAGAGCCACCAUGGACACCAAACAGGAGAAGACGCAAAAGGUGGCCUGACCUCUUCAAAUCUGAGCAUCAACAUCAACACAGUGAGGGAAAGCACUUCAAUAGCAGCCCUCAGCAACCCAAGGGAGAGAAGGAGUCUCUUGCAAAAGGUCCCUGUUGCAGAAAUGGAGAGAAGUGCAGAUGUGGGCGUCAUGGAAAACUACCAAGGAGCAACUUUCGUAAGCCUGAAAGAAGCAUCGACCAGAAGCCAAGAAAUGAAGAAAAUUUUGUGGCAAAAAAAAA